UCGCAGAAGGAUCAGUCUCAAAGCAAGUCGAAAAACACCAAUAUGCCAGCAGCCACAGUCAUGGAAGACCACGAGCAGACCGACUCUCCACUAUCGCCUGUGGCCAACCCCGCUUUCGGCAUGCCCUCCCCUGCCGCGCCAUGCCCACCGAAGCGGCCUGAGGAUAUCCACCGCAUCGUCGAAACCGUCGACCGCUACAACCCCCAAAACAUCCCCGUCCUGGAAACCUACGUGGAAGACAUGCUCCAAAACGACGCCUACGACCGCGACGCCUGCCUCGCCGUGCUCAAACUCUACCAAUUCAACCCCACCUACUCCAACACUGCCAUCGUCUGCAACAUCCUCGCCCUCGCCCUGUGUGCCCUGCCCGACCCAGAUUUCAACCUCUGCCUCUACAUGCUCAACGAGGGCGUGCUGAACGAACCCGAUGUCGAUGCGCUGGUGCAGCUGCACAGGCUGCUGGAGCAGGCCAAGUUUGUCGAGUUCUGGACGUACCUGAACGGCGGCGAGUCCCCCGCCAAGGAGCUGGUUGCGCCGUACGAGCAUUUUGAGAAGAGGAUCAGGGAUUAUGUGUCGGUGACGCUCGGGAUCGCGUACCAGGUCAUUGAUAAGGCCUCGUUGGGCCGCUCGUUGAACUUGCAGGGUGCUGCGCUGGACAAGUGGAUUGCAGAGAAGGGCUGGACUGCGGACGCGAAUGGUGAUGCUAAAUUGGUGGCGUUCCCGAUUACGGCGGAGAACCAGGUUAGGCCUGCGGUGUUGCAGGAGAGCAUCAAGUUUGAGCACCUGACCAAGAUCAUCGGAUACGGUCGCCUGAACCAGUGAAGCAAACGGCUUAAGUUAGCGAUGGAGGCAGGGAUGGAAGGGGAGGGGCAAGAAGGAAUCCGCCACCCUGCGAUCUGUCUCCGCUUCGUGGCUUGGUGUUAGACCAUUGGCCGCGCUGGUUCCUGUAGAGAGAGAUAGACGGCGGGAUGUAGAGUAUGUAUCUUUGCAUGAGAUCUCUUCAUACGGAACGUAGCUAGUCCUUUGCGGAUGGGAACCAUCGCAUGGAAAGGCGAGUCUGCGGAAUCUCCAAGCCCUCAGCACCCGCCUUUGUCACACUCUGAGCAACGCGAUGAGGGGAGGGGUAUGCAUUGAUUUCUGUAAAAUACAA